GUGUCCUUCAGCACCAUGCCCAACGACCGCAAGAUCAACAGCACGGCUGCCUGCAUCUCCUUCAUGCUGGAGGGCUGCGAGCUGAAGAAGGUGCGCUCCAACUCCCGCAUGUACAGCCGCUUCUUCGUGCUGGACGCUGACAUGCGCUCCGUGCGCUGGGAGCCCUCCAAGAAGGACUCGGAGAAGGCCAAGAUCGAGAUCAAGUCGGUCAAAGAGGUGCGCGUGGGCAAGAAGACGCCUGUCCUGCGCAGCAAUGGCCUCUCCGACCAGUUCCCAGAUGAGUGCGCCUUCUCCAUCAUCUAUGGAGACAACUAUGAGUCCCUGGACCUGGUGGCCAGCUCGGCCGAUGUGGUGAGCGCCUGGGUGAUGGGGCUCCGGUACCUGGUGUCCUAUGGGAAGCACACCCCCGAGGCACCCGGGACCAGCCACCCCAGCCUCCGGACCUCCUGGAUCUCCUCCGUCUUUGACCUUGCUGACCUGGAGAAGUCUGGCCGCAUCCCUGUGUCCCGGGCCGUGCAGCUGAUCAAAGCGCUCAACCCGGGCAUGAAGACCUCCACCAUCGAGCUGAAGUUCAAGGAGCUGCAGAAGGCCAGCGAGCGUCCUGGUGCAGAGGUGGCCUGCGACCUCUUCGUGGAGGUGUACUGCGAGCUCUGCACCCGCCCCGAGAUCUUCUUCCUGCUGGUGCAGUUCUCCAGCAACAAGGAGUACCUGGGUCUGAAGGACCUGCUGAUGUUCCUGGAGGUGGAGCAGGGCAUGGAGGGGGUGACGGAGGAGAAGUGCUUGGAGAUCGUUGGCAAGUACGAGCCCUCCAAGGAGGGCCGGGAGAAGGGCUACCUGGCCAUCGACGGCUUCACGCGCUACCUGCUCUCCGCCGACUGCUCCAUCUUCGACCCGCAGCACCGCAAGGUGUGCCAGGACAUGGCGCAGCCCCUCUCCCACUACUACAUCAGCUCUGCCCACAGCGCCUGCCUGCUGGAGGACAACUUCUGGGGCCGCUCGGACAUCAGCGGCUACAUCAGUGCCCUGGGCCUGGGCUGCCGCAGCAUCGAGCUGGUGCUGUGGGACGGCCCCGAGGGCGAGCCCGUGGUCUACACCAGCCCCUCGGCCGCCUCCUGCGUGCCCUUCCGCGCCGUGGUGGGGCUGAUCGACCAGCACGCCUUCGCCGCCUCUGCCUACCCCCUCAUCCUCUGCCUGGUGGUGCGCUGCUCGGCCGCCCAGCAGCGCCUCGCCGCCCAGUGCCUGCGCAAGACGCUGGGGGAGAAGCUGUACCUGGAGCCCCCCAACCCUGCCGCGUCCUACCUGCCCUCUCCAGAGCAGCUCAAGGGCCGCAUCCUCAUCAAGGGCAAGAAGCUGCCGCCCGGCUGCGAGGACAGCGAGGGGGAGGUGUCGGAUGAGGAGGAAGGCUGGGAGCUGGCACGGCGGCUGGGCCAGGAGGACCGGGAGACGCCAGAGGGAGGUGGCCCACGGCGGGUGCGCCUCAGCCGGGAGCUCUCGGAGCUGGUGAGCCUCUGCCAGGCUGUCCCCUUCCAGGACUUCGAGAGCUCGCGGCGCGGGCAGCGCUACUGGGAGAUGUGUUCCUUCAGCGAGGUGGAGGCGGGACGCUUCGCCAACGAGUGCCCGGCCGAGCUGGUGAGCUACAACAAGCGGUUCCUCUCCCGCGUCUACCCCAGCCCCAUGCGCAUCGACGCCAGCAACAUGAACCCCCAGGACUUCUGGAAGUGCGGCUGCCAGAUGGUGGCCAUGAACUACCAGACGCCAGGGCUCAUGAUGGACCUGAACACAGGCUGGUUCCGGCAGAACGGGGCCUGCGGCUACGUCCUCCGCCCCGCCAUCAUGCGGGAGGAGGUCUCCUACUUCAGUGCCAACGCCAAGGACUCCUUGCCCGGGGUGCCUGCCCAGCUCCUGCACCUCAAGGUCAUCAGUGGGCAGAACCUGCCCAAGCCCAAGGGCUCGGGGGCCAAGGGGGAGGUGGUGGAGCCCUAUGUCUGCGCCGAGAUCCACGGCAUCCCGGCCGACUGCGCCGAGCACCGCACCAAGACGGCCCUGCAGAGCGGGGACAACCCCGUCUUCGACGAGAGCCUGGAGUUCCAGAUCAACCUGCCGGAGCUGGCCGUCCUGCGCUUCGUCGUGCUGGACGACGACUACAUCGGGGACGAGUUCAUCGCCCAGUACACCAUCCCCUUCGAGUGCCUGCAGCCAGGCUACCGCCAUGUCCCCCUCCAGUCCCUGGCCGGGGAGCCCCUGCCCCACGCCACCCUCUUUGUGCACGUGGCCAUCACCGACCGCCGCGGCGGGGGCAAGGGGCACCGCCGGGGGCUGGCGGGGCGCCGGGGCCGCCGGGUGCGGGAGUACACCUCCACCAAGGCCACCGGCAUCAAGGCCAUCGAUGAGGUCUUCCGGACAGCCACCCAGCCACUGCGGGAGGCCACUGACCUGCGGGAGAACGUGCAGAACGCGCUGGUCUCCUUCAAGGAGCUGUGUGGGCUGACGCCCGCCGCCAACAUGAAGCAGUGCAUCCUGACGGUGGCCGCGUGGCUGCUGCACAACGACAGCGCGCCCAGCGUCACCCUCAACCUGGCAGAGCAGUACCCCCCCAUGGAGGCCCAGGGCCCCAUCCCGGACCUGCUGCGCAAGGUCCUCACCGCCUAUGAGACGAUGAUCCAGACGAGCCGGACGCUGAUCGAGUCCGCCGACGCAGUGUACGGCAAGCUCAUCCAGGCGCAGCAGGCAGGCAUGGACUUCCACAAGGAACUGCACCGCAUCGAGGCCAAGGAGGGGCUGCGGGGGCGCAAGCUGCAGAAAGCGCUGGAGAGCUUCGCCUGGAACAUCACCGUCCUGAAGGGCCAGGCUGACCUCCUCAAGCACGCCAAGGCUGAGGCGCUGGACAACCUCUGGCAGAUCCACAACGCAGGACAGUCCUGCGGCAUCGGCAGGAACGGCUCGGCCUCGCCGGAGCCCUCCCGGCUACGCACCCCGCUGGAGCCCAUCCCCGAGACGGAAGGAAGCGGCGACACGGCAUCCUGCUGA